AUGCCGCGCAGAUCCGAGGCCGAACUGUCCAUCAACAUCAAGAAGGCAACGAGCCCCGAAGAGUCCGCCCCGAAGCGCAAGCAUGUCCGCAGCUGCAUUGUAUACACAUGGGACCACAAGUCAUCCCAGUCCUUCUGGGCUGGCAUGAAGGUCCAGCCCAUCCUCGCCGACGAGGUCCAGACCUUCAAGGCUCUGAUCACAGUCCACAAAGUCCUUCAAGAGGGCCACCCCGCUACUCUGAAAGAGGCUAUGGCGAACCGCGGUUGGAUCGACAGCUUGAAUAGGGGCAUGGCGGGAGAGGGCAUGCGAGGCUACGGCCCCUUGAUUAAGGAAUACGUCUACUAUCUAUUGGCCAAGCUGUCGUUCCACCAGCAGCACCCCGAGUUCAACGGCACGUUCGAGUACGAGGAGUACAUCAGUCUCAAGGCCAUCAAUGACCCAAACGAGGGAUACGAGACCAUCACGGACCUGAUGACUCUGCAAGACAAGAUCGACCAAUUCCAGAAGCUGAUAUUCUCGCAUUUUCGCAACGUCGGUAACAACGAGUGCAGGAUCUCGGCUCUUGUGCCGCUAGUGACUGAGAGCUACGGAAUCUACAAGUUCAUUACCAGCAUGCUUCGAGCCAUGCAUUCGUCCACCGGGGAUAAUGAUGCUUUAGAGCCACUCCGCCAGAGAUACAACGCCCAGCAUUACCGCCUCGUAACAUUCUAUUACGAAUGCUCCAAUCUCCGCUAUCUUACAAGUCUCAUCACAAUACCGAAGCUUCCGCAGGACCCGCCGAAUCUGCUGGCCGAAGAUGAAACCGCCCCGGCCUUGCCAGCGCGACCGAAGCGGGAGAUUGAGCGCCAACCAACACCCCCACCACCGGUCCCCAAGUCGGACGAGCCGGACGAGAUUUCCGAGUUUUGGAAAGGCGAGCUCGAUCGACAGAAUCGAGAGUACGAGGAGCAACAGCGUGUCCUGCAGGCACAGCAGCAGCAAUCGCUCUUGGCGCAGCAACAGGCUCAAAUACAAGCCCAGCGCGACUUCGAGGAGCAGCAGCGGCAGCUGGCAGAAAACCAGCGGCGAGAACAGGAAGCCCUUCUAGCCCAGCAAGCGCAAUGGCAGACACAAGACGCUCUUGCCAAGCUCGAACAGGAAAACCUAAACGCCCGGGCUCAAUACGACCGUGACCAGCUCAUGCUUCAGCAGUACGACCAGCGGGUUAGGGCCCUUGAAGGCGAGCUACAGCAUCUUCAGAGCAACUACGGGCAACAGAUUUCCAGCAAGGAUGACCAGAUCAGAGCUCUGCAGGAACAGGUAAACACGUGGAGGACAAAGUAUGAAGCUCUCGCAAAGCUUUACUCUCAGCUUCGCCACGAGCAUCUCGACCUCCUUCAGAAGUUCAAAUCGGUCCAGCUCAAAGCCGCCUCUGCUCAGGAGGCAAUUGAUCGGCGGGAAAAGCUGGAGCGCGAGAUCAAGACCAAGAAUCUCGAGCUGGCCGACAUGAUCCGGGAGCGAGAUCGGGCUCUUCACGACAAGGACCGUCUUUCUGGGUCCAACAAGGACGAGCUGGAGAAACUCAAGCGAGAGCUUCGGAUGGCGCUCGACCGGGUCGACAACCUGGAAAGAAGCAAAGGCAAUGAGAUGUCCACCAUGUUGUCCAAGUAUAACCGUGAGAUGGCGGAUCUAGAGGAGGCGCUGCGCAAUAAGUCCCGGGCGCUAGAAGAGGCCCAGUCCAGGCUGAGGGACGGAAGCUCGGAUCUCGAGCAGCUUCUUCGUCAAAAGGAGGAGGAGCUGGAAGUUUACAAAGCCGGCAUGGAUCAGACGCUGCUUGAGCUCAACGAGCUUAGGAAUGGUCAGGGCGAUACGGAUCACGCUCUUGAUGGACAGAUCGACACCUUGAUUCUCACCCAGCUUGACAAGAUCAACGACAUCAUCGACUCGGUGCUUCAGUCGGGCGUGCAGCGCGUCGAUGACGCCAUGUACGAGCUUGACUCUACCAUGCAAGCUGGCAACCAAAAUGCCUCGCCUUCGUAUGUCCUGUCACAAAUCGAGAAGGCUUGUGCCAAUGCCACGGAAUUCGCAACGUCUUUCAACAACUUCAUCGCCGACGGGCCUAACAGCACGCACUCCGAGUUGAUCAAGAAUGUCAACGUCUUCUCGGGGGCUAUCGCCGAUGUCUGCAGCAACACCAAGGGUCUCAUGCGUCUUGCAACAGAUGAGAAAAAGAGCGACGCUCUCAUCAACAGCGCGCGCCAGUCGGCCCAGUCGACAGUGAAGUUCUUCCGCAGCCUCCUGAGCUUCCGGUUGGAGGGCAUGGACCCUUUUCAGAAAACUGAUGUUGUCAUCAACAGCAACAAUGAUGUCCAAGUAGACCUGCAGAGGCUGAACAAGCUUGUCGAGGCCUUCGCCCCUGGCUUUGGCAAGCUCAAGGGAGAUCUUGGCGAGCUAGUGGACAACGAGCUCAGCAAGGCCGCUGAUGCUAUCGCCGCCGCCGCCGCCCGCCUUGCCAAGCUGAGGAACAAGCCCCGAGACGGGUACACGACGUACGAACUUAAAGUCCAUGACUCCAUUCUAGAUGCCGCUCUGGCGAUCACGACAGCCAUUGGGCAGCUAAUCAAGGCCGCUACUGUGACGCAACAAGAAAUUGUGGCACUUGGGCGUGGCUCGUCGUCUCGGACGGCGUUCUACAAAAAGAACAACAGAUGGACAGAGGGUCUUAUCUCGGCAGCAAAGGCGGUUGCGUCGUCGACAAACACGCUCAUUGAGACGGCGGACGGCGUCCUUUCGAACCGCAACAGCCCCGAGCAGCUCAUUGUGGCAUCCAACAACGUGGCAGCGUCUACUGCGCAGCUUGUGGCGGCGAGCCGCGUCAAGGCUGGUUUCAUGAGCAAGAGUCAGGAGAACCUGGAGCAAGCCAGCAAGGCCGUUGGGGCGGCCUGCCGUUCUCUUGUCCGCCAGGUGCAGAGCAUGAUCAAGGAUCGCAACGUCGACGACGAGGAGAUUGACUACUCGAAAUUGGGCUCUCGCGAGUUCAAAGUACGCGAGAUGGAGCAGCAGGUCGAAAUCCUCAAACUUGAGAACUCUCUGAACGCUGCCCGCCACCGGCUGGGCGAGAUGCGCAAGAUUUCGUAUCAGGAGUAG